GUGAGUAGCGGGGUCGAGUGAGCUUUCUCUUCGUUUCACGGGGCGAUGGAGAUCGGUGAGGAAAACGGAAGUUUGUUUCGGGCCGUUCCGCUCCGGUGGUUCGCAAUUCACUCCCCGAACGCGGACACUUCGAUAUCCAAACAUAACGGAGAGAAAGUGCGAGACGGACGCAACAUGCCAAACUAUCAGCCACAGGUGGACGAGCCUGCUUCGUUCGAAGGACUCCCACCACCGGCUUACUCAAAGGGUUAUUCAGUGAAAUUAGAGUUACUGAGAUUAGGAGCCAAGACAUUCGUUGUGUUUGCAGCACUUGUUGGAACAUUUGUUUUGUUAUCUUUAUACAUCAAUCAAUUAAACUCAUCAUCAUCAUGUUUACCAGUGCUGGAGCGUCGUUCUGGAGCUGAGCCAUUAGUUGCCGAACCCACUUCCAAUAUUAAGUUACACAUAGGAGAGGAUAUUCGAAAAGUCAAGAACAAAAAACAUCUGAAUUGCUUGGUUGAAAGAGAAGAACGUAUUCUAAAUGCUAUUCCCGAAGCGGAUGCACAUCUCGAAGUAAAAGGAGAACAGACACACAUAAGCUGCAGCACUAAUCCAGGAAAAAGGAGCCGUCGAUCUCCGAAAUGUGAAUGCCAUUGUGCUUGCUGAUAAUGAUGCCGCUUCAAUCUCUCUCUCCAUUUAAUGUUUUCUUCCCAUAUUUUAUAUCCUUAAUAAACUUAUAAACAUUUA